CGGUGAUGACUCUUACCAAUUCUCCAAAAGAUAUUUAUUUGUAUUAACAUAAUUUAAUGAGAAGCUCCGAGAAAAUCUAGGCGAAUCUACAUUUGAUCUAACGGACGUAUGGCUAUCUCUCAAUCAGUCUCCCACCGUAUUUAAACCACAAUUCCGUCUCUUACAAGUUUCAACGCUCUAUUGCGCGUGCCAUUGCCGCCCAUCUCAAACCCUAUUUCCUUCUCUGGUUGACCCUUCCAAAGCUCCCCUUCUUUUUCAAACUUUUGAGUUGUCUUCGAUUCAUUUCAUGUUUUUAAGCAGGUCCUUCAUCUGCUAUUCUACAGCUACCACCUAAGAUUUUUGAGUUUGGUUCUUGAGGCAGCCUAAACAGAGAACGAAGAAGUUAAGAAGGUUACUUUAUCUAGGAACGUUGAAUCAGGUUUCGAAUGAAAUACUCGGCUGGAGAUAGGAAUAAGGAUGUCAAAUAUACCAACUUCUCUCUCUGAAGUAUGCCUUACUCUCUUUCGCCUUACUAUGUCCAUUGCCGAUCCUUGGCCCUUUUCCUGAACUCCUUCCCACUCUAACAAAACCCUCUGUCUUUUUAUCGUACGCUAAAACGAAACAGAGAUAUAAACACUACAGCCAAAGCUCUCCUCUUUCUCGAAGUUACCCCCGUUGCCAGACACAACCCAUGAGAAAGAUAAGAGGCUUCAAGAUCGGGAAACGGCUUGUCCGGAUCUCCAGAUGGUUCAUCUGCAAAUCUCGGAAUCCACGUGGGUACCAUCGCCUGACGCAAACAGGAUCAUUUUGCAAGUCGAAGCCUUUCUCCAAGCUUAUCGGUUGGGGUCGCCGCUUGACAGAAGGAGCCAAAUCUAUAUGCUCAGUAAAACCCAGGUUGGGUUACGUUCCCAUUAGUCAAGACCCAAACAGUAGAAAACUGAUGGAAGUUCCGAAAGGACACUUGGCCGUCUACGUUGGUAAAAAAGACGGCGACUUUCAUAGAGUUUUGGUGCCAGUUAUUUACUUUAACCACCCUUUGUUCGGCGAGCUCUUGAGAGAAGCCGAAGAGGAGUAUGGGUUUAGCCACCAAGGUGGAAUCACGAUUCCUUGCCAGUUUUCGGAGUUUGAGAGGGUCCAGACCCGUAUCGCAGAGGGAGCUGGUGGCAGGAAAAUGGCAUGGAAGCGCCACCAUUGAGAGGCUGCUUCUGGUGCUGCUGAUGGUGGUAAAAAUUGUUGAUGAUGACGAUAGUUACUUCAGGUCAAUGAUUGUGAUAAUGAUGUUUUUGGAAUUUUUGGUCCUGUAGAAUUUCUGUAUCUUUUCUUUUUUACUCAUUAUAUUCGAAGACUUGGUGUACUGGAUUUUCAGGUGUACAUGCAUAUAGAAUUUUUUUUUAAUGUGCUGUUAUAAUAUGAAUUUUUAGAUUAUAAAUAAUUAUGUCGAAAAUAAUGAACUAUUAUAAGUUGUUGAGAUGUCUAAUGUAUUUGUUUUUAAAAUAAAAUGACCAAAUCUUUCCCAACAUUACUACCGGAGAGAGAAUCUCAGUAGUUGAGAGAUGAUUGCAUAUUUGCGUAUCAGGAGGAAAAGAGCCAAUGCCUUUCAAAGAUUCAUCCUAUCAAGUAUAAUUUAGGUUAUGUAUUAGGUGCAUUACUUUUGCAAAGAUUGGAAAUAUUUCGUUUCAAGACAUUUCAAAAAGACAAAACAAAAGGAAAACAAAAAGAAAAGGCCGUCAUAGUUUCUGUCACCAUAACUGUCCGUA